UUUUACACCGCCCGGACACACCGAUGGCUCAUUAGUUCGAUCGGAAAUACCGACACCGAAUAUCUACGGUAUAUUUAUUUCAGAAAGAUCUGACUAGUACUAGUUGGCAGCGAAAGUAAGAGCUACUAACUCUGAUCAGCACUUACGAUGGAUGUGACCUGUGUGGCUUUAAGGCACUUGAUGAGUCCCAGGAGGAGCAGGAUGGACACAGAUGAUGAAGAGGAGGAGGUCAGAAGUGGUCAGAAGGAGAAUGUUUACAUGGAGGCCAAGAGGACAACUCCCCAGAAGUGUGACCAGACCUCCAAGAAGGACCUGAACGCAGACCAGGUGCAUAUUACCCCCAGCAAGCUCCAGGACCGGGCCUGCGGGGACCCCCUGACACCCACCGCCAACCUCAAGAUGCUAAUCAGUGCCGCUAGCCCGGACAUCCGGGACCGAGAGAUGAGGAAGGUCCUUUUCCGGCCCAUCGAGAACGAGAGCGAUGACCUGGCUGUGGAUGAACAUGACGAGUUUGACGGGGCAGAUGAGGGGACAGAUGAAUUUGAGAAGAAGCCCAGUCGCAAGCAAAAGAGCCUCGGCCUUCUGUGUAAGAAGUUCCUGGCACUCUAUCCCAACUACCCAGCAUCCUCCAAGACAAUUAGCAUCUCUCUUGAUGAGGUGGCUACAAAUCUAGGAGUGGAGCGUCGGCGGAUCUAUGACAUCGUCAACGUGCUGGAGUCUCUGAAGCUGGUCAGCCGGGUGGCCAAGAACCAGUACGUGUGGCAUGGGCAGCGGCAGCUGCGGCAUACACUGCGGGAGCUGCACGGUCUUGGUAGGAAGCUGCGCUACCAUCUGCAAAUGGAGCAGCCAGGGGAGUGUGGCCCCAGGGCACCUUCGCACGCAGAUGAGCCUGCACCUGAGCACGGGGACACCGGAGAUGUGGAUGCCAGCUCUGGGCCAGCCAGUGGACGUAAAGACAAGUCCCUGCGCAUCAUGAGCCAGAAGUUUGUCACACUCUUCUUGGUGUCCAAGACGCAGACCAUCACCCUGGACCUGGCAGCCAAAAUUCUCAUUGAGGAGAGUCAGGACAUGGCCAGCCACAGCAAGUACAAAACUAAGGUUCGAAGGCUUUAUGACAUCGCCAACGUCCUGACCAGCCUAAACCUCAUCAAGAAGGUGCACGUAAGAGAGGAACGUGGACGCAAGCCAGCUUUCAAAUGGACUGGUCCUGUAGACUUCCAUUCCACCAGUGGAGAUCUGGAUGGUAUGGGCAUGCUCCCCUUCCCAGAAUUCCACGCAGACUUUGGACAGAGUAUGUCGCAGCCUGGGUGUCCGAGGCUCACGCGCCAUGUUUCUUUCAACAUCGUACCAGUCCCUGUACCAGUACCUGCCCAGCGAAGGGUCAGCUCAGCCCCCAGCAGCCCACACAGUAGCAUGAUGGGUAAGGACCGCAGGUCUACUCCACCACAAAGCCGUCUUUCUUUACGCUUAAAGAGUAAACCUGUGAGAUGUGAACUGAAUGUAUUUUCUACCUGCUAUUUUGUUGUUACAUCACUCUUUCUGCUUCUACAUCCAGGUCUGAUGCCGCAGGCAGCAGAUUAUUCCGGAAAAACUACAGAUAAACCUGCUGAGUGCCAGCAGUCUGGAGAUGAGUCCAGGCUUCUCACAGCAAAAACUGGUGUCCUUGGGUCAGCUGCCACCCUUCCGGCCCGGGUGGGGCUCAUUCAUUCAGAUGUUCUCCAUGAGUCCCACCCCUUGCCCCACCUCUACCCCACCUCCAUCCAGUCUCCAGCGCCACCGAGAGAGGAAGAAGGCACUCGCACCCAGGCAGCUCUGACCUUCUUCCCAACCCUUCCCCAGUCAUCUUUAGUCAUGGUGUACAAGGGUCAAGAGGCACAUGGUGCAGGGGCUCAGGGUCAGAGGUCACCAGAGUUCAGGCAGGGUGUCCUAGGGAAGAGGAAGGCAGGUGACAGAGAUGCUGGAGCAGCUAAAAGGAGCAACAUGGUCCAAAGAGAAGAUCAGGAUCCCCAGGAGAGAAGGGAAGGAGGCAGGACUGAGGAGGUCAACUCAGAGACAGACAGCAGUCUGAACGGCGCUCCCUGCCCCGCGCUCCAGCCGCAGGUGGGGGCCAUGCCCAGGGUCACUGCAGACAAGGAGACACCUCUGACCACACACUACCUCUAUGUGCCCAACUCCCCAGGACUGAACAAACUGAACUUGCUUCUCUCGUCUGGACACACUGCAGGGGGACUCCCGCUCAGCUCCAGCACCUUACCUGCCAUUGCCUUCCCAUAUGUCCUGCUGCCACCGUCCGCUCUCUCCUCCUACCCCCUGAUCACCAGUGGCCUCCCGGUGUCCAGCGGCAGCUUUGGUAUCGCUGGAAUAGUUUCGCCGAAUCACCUUGUGCUUGGAGCUCAGUCCCUUGCUGUCUCUGCGACCCCAGACUUUACUAGGUCCCUGUCGCUGGAGCCUUUGGGUCCAGAUCAGGCAAGAGUUUGUGGCUUGGCCUCUCCAGUUUCUCCUGCAGGGCCCCAGCAGCCAGAGGACAGAAGUAAAAGCCAGCUUCAGCCACAGACGCCGUUGACUCCAAAGGAGGCGGGUUCUGGCGGCUCUCAAGCUUUCUUCCAGACCCCGGGGACGCUGGGCUCUGCUGACCCCAAAGUUGCACGCAAACGUGGCUCUGCCCAGAGGAGGCUGGAAAUUGGACCCCUGCCAACCAAUUAGCAGACUCAUGGUCAACAGUAUGGGCAGCCAUCACCCCAGGGGAUCUGCUAAUGGAAACAACUACAUUAACUUGAAGCCUGUUACCCCUUCCUGGUCAGAUGUUACUGUUGUGUGCCACACCGGUCUUGGUUUUUUCAGCCAAAGUUUAUUUACCAGUGUUUCCUUUAAGCAAAUGUGUUAGGUACCUUAAAAUGAUGCAGAGGGUUCAACUAGUGAAAACUUUUCUUGGAAAAUCAGACGCAUGAUGGUACAGCUUUUAUAUUUCGUUAGUUUCUUGCACCGCCCUCUUGUGGUGGGAGGAUGGUACCAGACUGGCAGCAUUAAUUUUCUUUAGCUACCUGCUAGAAACUCAUUGUAGGUCUGUUAUUAUUCUAUAUUAGUUCUUUGAGAAGGUGGAAAUGGGGAAAUAUAGAGCACAUUUUUUUUUUGUAGUGCCUUCAAUUGCUGAAAUGUCUAUGAAAUGAAACAUUUCAGCUGUAGCUGUUGACAUGUGAAUUGAAAGGGCAGAUUGUUGUGUAGGGAAGUCCACACAUGAAUCCUGAUAGGAACAGGACCUUAACGUGCUGGAAAGAAUGUUUGUACAAGUGGAUUCCUCAUGAAUUCAGGAUAUAUUUCAACUGAGAGGCAAAAGGUCAAAGUUAAGGGCAAAGGUCCUGCUUUCUGUGUUUACUAUAUGUAACUUCUGCGUUCUCCAUCCACUCAGGUAAGUCCAGUUAGAAGGUUUGUCCUGGACACAAUGUCCAUGUUCAAAGGGGAAACCAGUUUAGGAACCACUGAUUUUCACAGGGUUAAACAGUGUAGCGUCACUGUUGUGUUAUAAGUCAGACUGUGACCAUUUUUUGUGAAUUAGAUUAACACUAAGAAAUUGAUUCCACACGUGUCAUUUAACGUCACUGACUUUUUUUUUUUUCCCAGUUUUACAAGCUCUUUGAAAUUUCUUUGAAAAUUUAGUUUUGAUUUAAGCUUUUUUUGUUCCUCUUUGAAACACAGUUCUGGUUAAUUGAAAAUCAAGUCAAAAGACAAUACAAGCACAGAAAAGGUUAACCAUCAGUAUGCCUUCUUAAAACAACUAAGCUCUUAUUUUUGCACUGUAAUUUCCCUCUGGUGUUUCCACAUGGUGGUGACUUGGAAUAACAAUUUCCUGUUGAAUGUUGUCCUCCACAUCUGGAUGAUUGGAUUAUGCAUGGCUUAAUUUGGUUUUGUACCAAAAAGAAUGGGAACCAUUGAGCAAUUAUUUUGUAAGCGUUAUUCAGGUGUACAGUCAUUUCCUGUCACCUGGGGCAAACGGGGUCAGAACCGCUAUGGAUAGUGGGGUUGACACGUAGACUCUCAAGUGAAAUCAAGGCCAUGAGAAUGUGAAGUGUUGUUCAAGCAACACCCAGAUAUAGUGUUAAUAUUAUUAUAAGGUGCUUUUUACAUGAAUGCCUCUGAGGCUGACAUGAAGAGAUAAAAUACUUGAAUUACAAUGAGUGGAAGUUACCUAG